AUGUCACGAGCUGCAACCGGAGCAAGGAAGAUGAAUGACACCGCCGUCAGUGUCGGCGUCUCGGAUCAGGUCGUCCACCACCCAUCGCAAAAGCAGCUCCGAGAGCUGCUGCAGAUGCUCAUGGGUACCCCGGCCGGCGUUGUGCAACAGGUGGGGCACUUGUUGAUGCUCUUCGUGGCGGUUAUCAAGGCCGACUCGCCCGCCACCGACGCCGGCGACGGCAGCGGCGGCAGCGGAACCGGCUGCGGCAACUGCGGGAGUCAGCCCCAGGUUGCUCGCAGUGCUGCUGCCCGGCUUCGCGACACCACGGCCGAAGAACGGAAGGAAGCCAUUGUCCUCCUUCAGACCGCGCACAAGGAGUUGAAGAAGAACAACACCAGGGGUGCGGGGAAGGCCGGCAAGGGCGGGAUUUGCGUGUCGACCAGAAGCGGCCCUAGCGACGAAGCCAAGGCGAAAGGACUUCAGAGGUGGGCUGCCAAAGGCAAACGGCACGUUGGACAGCUGCAGCAGCUUCUUCUUGGGUCUGGCAUGGCAGUGAAAGGUCGACAGGACCACGCCCGCCUGCUCAACUUCCACGCGAAGCGUAUCUCCAGCGAGGAGGCCAAGAAGGGAUCAUCGGCCGCGGCAAUCGCCUUCGAGAUGAUGAAUUCCACCAUCAACAGCGUCCUCAACAUAUGUGGCGAAGCAAAGUCCGCCGAUACGGUAGCGGCAGGGCAGAUUUCCUCGGGCGGAUCGGACAACGACGUUGGCGACGACGAUCCUUUGGCUAGGAAGCGGUCGAACGGCUUCUGGGAACGAAACGUGCGGGGCGCGGAAAAUGUGAUCUCCGCCCGAAGCCCCCCGUCGGCGUGCGCCGACGAUGUGAUGGACGACGACUCUGAGGCGACACCAACCGAGACGAUGAUGGAAAGGUCCCCACGGGGUGAUGCGGGAUCCAGCCAAGAGACUUCGGCAGGAAGUGGUGCGGGACGACAGAUGAUCACCCUCGACGGGCACAUGCCCAACGGCAUCGGAGGUGCUACCGCAACCAUGCCGGAGGCAGCCCGCGCGAUGGCCGCCCAGGGAGCAGGGAUCACCAAAGACAACCGGAUGGCGCGAGAACUCAAGUCCCUCAAGAUCCUUGGUUCCCCCCACUACGCCAUCGAGCUGGCCGGUUCCCACGACGGCAGCGACUUCCUGACCCUGGCCUUCGCGAACGCCGACCUCGACCUGCACGAGAUGCUGGCCGAUCCGCAGCUUCACGGAGGCAUGUCCAACCUAGGCAUGAUGAGCCUAUUUGGAGGUCUCGUCAACGGGGUGUCGAGCAUCCACAACCAAGGCUUCGCUCACGGCAACAUCAACCCGAAAAGCGUGCGGGUCGUCUCCGGCAAAAACGCGAGAUGGGUGAUCCGUGACUUCGACAGUGCCGGAGUACUAGGAAAGGACCACAUUUCCGUGGGACUUUUCUUCGAGUACCUUGCCCCCGAGGCAAUGGCCUACGCCACUGAAGAGUGCAACACUCCCGUCCUUCUCCGGAAGAGUGUUGACGCCUACGCCCUCGGACAGAUACGCUGCCAGGUGCUUGCACGCGACCCCAUGCCUCCGCUAUCGGCAGAGACCGUCCGUAUUUUCGCCGGCCUGCUGCACGACAUCCCGUCUGAGCGUCUGAGCGUCCGGGCACUCAACGAGUUCGCCUCAUUCGAACCGCGCUGGGAGUCCCAGCCAUCCCAAGGGCAGGACGAGCACAGCGGCACGCUGGCACCGCCAGCUCAGCAGGAGGCAUUGCCACAGGCAAUCUUGGGGGAGCCUGAGAAGGAUAGGGCCUCAGCGGACACGAAGAGGGAUCACCGCGCUGCGUGGGCCCAGCCGACCCUCACGCCGAACAAUGUCGCCCUGCUGCGGGAAUCCCUUCAACAUCCUCGCGCGAACAGUGACAGCCAUGACACGGACGACGGCACCGACGACGACAAGAGCGAUGCCAAGAGCGACAGCAGCACCGACGACGAUGACAGUGAGGAGGAGGAGAGCGACGGCGGUGAUGGUGGUCACAGCGACUCCGGCUCCGACUCCGACUCUGUCUCCGGGUCCGACUCCGGCAGCGACUCCGACUCUGUCUCCGGGUCCGACUCCGGCAGCAACUCCGACUCCGACCGCGACUCCGACUCCGACUCCGACUGCGGCUCUGACCGCGACAGCGACUCCGGCUCCAACGACGACGACGACGACGAACCUCCACCGCCUUUGGUGAGCGACUCGGAGGAUGAGUACUGUAACGAAGUGCGCGCACGUGGUCGACUUGCUAUUGGUGUCGUCAGCAUCUUCGACUCCGAUUACGACUCCACCUCUGUGUCCUGCUCCGACUGCGACCGCGACUCCGACCGCGACUCUGACUGUGGCUCCAACGACGACGACGGUGAUGAACCUCCUCCGGCUUUGGCGAGCCACCCUGAGGAUGCGUACUACGACGAAGUGUGCGCACGUGGUGGCCUUGCUGUUGGCGGCGAUUACAACAACGGCCGCUCCGACAAGCUGGUGGACGCCCACCUCUGCCUCGAAGAGAAGGCGUACCCCAGAUGCAGGGAGGGCUACGAGAGCAUCCCCGAGGGCAAGGUCAGGUGGGCCCUGUCAGUCAUCAGAGAGAUCACCGACACGAUCAAUGUGCCGACGCCCAUCGUCGCGCUUGCGGCCAUCACUCUCGGGGUGACCGCCGCGAUACCGGGAUUCCUGAGCAGGCGUAGCGACGAAGACCUGUGCCUUCUGCCCGCGGCAUGUGUAUCACACGCAAUCAGUCGGCUGGACAAGCUUGACGAGAGCUCCGUUGACCUCUACGGGAUCAUGGACCAGAUGCUGGCGAUCACGAAAGCCGCUUCGGAGGGCAGGGGCAAGAACGGCGGCCCAGUGUUUGGCCAGCCAGGCGCAGGCGACCCCAAGACGAUCUUGCUGGCACUCUUCUUUUAUCUGAUGCUCACCCUGCCGGAGGAGCUCACCUGCCCCGGUCCGAUGGACUACAUGGAGGUUUUCGCCGAACAGUCCGGCCUUGACCACACCCUCACCGGGCAAGAGCUUGGAUGCGUUUACGACGAAUACGACAGAUUCGUACGCGCCGUCGCCUUGAACGGCCUGCUCCGCACGCUGUCGCCUUCGGACAUAGCGCGUGGCGCCUUCUUCGGAGCAGCGGGCGUGUCCAUCGUGUUCAGCGAGCAAGGGGCAUCGGCGGAGGGAGGGGACUCGGUGGCCAAGGAGGAAGGGUCUGGCGAUGGCGGCGGCGGCAACGGCAGCGGUGGGGACGGUGACGACCACGACGACGACCGUGGUCCAUAG